AGACCACUUUCCCCGCGGCGUCAAGCCUGCACAAUUGACGGCGCCCCGGCAAAAUAAAUCGGCAACUAGAUGCCUACCUUGGGCAUUAUUGGAUUUCCAAACAAGCCUGACACUUUUCACAGCACAUUUCUUGAAACGACCUAGGAAACAAUCUCACAAGAUAUUCAUCACGACGACUAUCGACCAGAUCGUCAUUCGACUCAUUCCCAGCUCGGUCAAACUUGACAUCUCACCAUCAAUCACAUCGAAAAUGACAACCCUCCGCGGCCACUGCGUCUGCGGACAGGUAGCCUACAGCGUCGAGCUCGACUCGGCCGAGGAUGCAAGGACAUCGCUGUGCCACUGCACUAGCUGCAAGCGGGCUUUCGGGACGGAGAAUGGCGUGACGACCAAGGUCCCUGUUCAAGGCUUCACCUACACUCGGGGUACACCAAAACAGCACAAGCAGACGGGCAACGGCGUGAUUCGGGAAUUUUGUGGCGACUGCGGCGCGUACCUCUGCGAGUAUGGAGAAGCGGCCGCGGAGAAAUUUCGCUACGUCGCCUGGGGCAGUUUUGACGACCAGGAUCGCGACAAGGUCCCUCCAAAGGGGGAAUUCUUCUGUUCGCAGCGGGAUGGUUGGAUGCCGGAGGUGCCUGGAGUUUUUCACAAGCAAGAGAUAAAGGAGUGAGUUUUGAGGGCUAGAAUGCAUGGAACACAUUCAACAAUUGUCUCUACUUAUCAACCUUACCUAGGGUGCAAUCAGAGUGCUGUCUUGGUCUUGUCGACCAUUCGAGUUAUUCCCUCACUCUUGCCGUAUCACGUCAGCAUCUUCUCUGCAUCUCGGCAC